GCCAGAACUCCCAGCAGCGGUAACCUGCAGCUGUCCAUCCGGCUCCCUCCCGCCUGACAACGACGGCUUCAGCAGCAGAUAUGAUGACUCGACUAGAAGCUCAGCUUUUGUUUGGCUUCUUGUGCCACAUAGCCUGCUCCCUUGUGUAUGGCUUCCCUGCUGAUUCUGGAACUGAGUUCCGUUCUGCUUUCUCCGUCGCUAGAACCAGCAGCAUGGAAGGAAGCACUGAAAUGGUGAUCACCUUUGACAAAGUCUACGUGAACAUUGGUGGUGACUUUGACCCCAAAGCCGGAUUAUUUCGAUGUCGUAUCCCCGGAGCUUAUUACUUCUCCUUCACAGUUGGGAAGUACCCCAAGAAAAACUUGUCAGUCAUGCUGAUGAGAAACAAGAAUGAGGUGCAAGCAAUUGUAUAUGAUGAACAUCACCGUAAAGAGAGGAAGGUGGCCAGCCAGAGUGCCAUGUUGCAGUUGGACUAUGGUGACACAGUCUGGCUGCGCUUACAUGGAGAUCCCAAGUAUGCCCUCUACAGUAAUGUGGGCCCCUAUACAACUUUCAAUGGAUAUCUCAUCUAUCCAGACACAUCUAGCUAUUUUCAAAACAUGGUGGGCUCUCAGGAACUAGAACCUUCAAAGCCUCCCCUUCAUGUAAUCCAGCAACUUUCCAUCAGCCAGAAUGAAGUUGCAGAGAGACUCCUGCUUUCCGACCAGCCAAGCAGAUCACAGGAUCCUCGCUCCGCAUUUUCUGCUGCCCGUUCUGAAAGCCUCCUGGGGACAGAUGAGAAGCAAACCCAGCAUGAACCAAUCACAUUUGACACGGAGUUUGUGAACAUUGGCAAAGAUUUCAAUUUCUCAAGUGGUAUCUUCACAUGUCGUGUGCCGGGUGCCUACUAUUUCUCCUUCACCAUUGGCAAGAUGCCUUUCAAGACCAUGUCCGUGAAACUGAUGAAGAACCACAAUGAGGUCCAAGCAAUGAUCUAUGAUGAUAACCAUUCCAAGAGGCGUGAGAUGCAGAGUCAAAGCAUUAUGCUGCCCCUGCAAUAUGGCGACACCAUCUGGCUCUACAGCCACCAGCAUGAUGGCUAUGGUGCCUACAGCAACCAUGGCAAGUACAUCACCUUCACUGGGUUCCUCAUCUAUCCUGAGACUAAGCCAAAACUGCCUCCAGAUGCUAACAAGUCUCCAGGGUCAAGGCUCUGAGCAUAAAUAGAGAAAGAGCCUAAGAGAAGUCAAGAUGCAGCAGACUCUGGUGCAGGUCCUGGACAGAGGUCACCCUUUACAUGACAGUGUUAAGCGCAUGCUGUUGUAUGUCCAGCACAUUCCUCAUGCUGCACGCUUGUGUCCUGCCUGCAGAGCCAUUGUUGUUUCUCCCGUUCAUCCAUAGAAUGACCUUUGUGGGGUAUGUGUGUUUUGUUCAUUAUUGCUGUUCCAUUUAAGCUUAAAGCAUGAGGUAGUUUGGGGGAGUAGAAGCAGUGAAAUGAGAUGUGAAUAAAGGAACUGCUACAGAAAUGGUAGAACAGCUUAUGAAAGGCUGCCCUCUCUACAAGGCACUUGGGAGUUGAUAACGUCCUCUGCAAAUGCAAACAUCCUGAGAGAGGGACAACUGUAAUGGAACAAUGAACUCAAUAAAGCCUGAGACAAAAGGUACUGGGUUUGCUUGUAUGUUUGAUGUAGUGGUUAAGGAUGUCAGAGAAAUCUGCAGUGGAAUCUAAUGAGUUUGGAUUUCUAUGCAUCUGACUCAUGGAUUCCACAGCAGACCAGUUUUUCAAAGGUCACACAGAUUCCA